GUCUCCAGGGUGCUGCAGAAGGAUGCAGAGCAGGAGUCACAGAUGCGGGAGGAGAUCCAGGACAUGAAGCAGGAGCUGGCCACCAUCAACAUGAUGGAUGAGUUUGCCAGAUACGCCAGGCUGGAGAGGAAGAUCAACAAAACGACAGACAGGCUCAAAACUCACGUGAAGGCGCGGACGGCGCAGUUGGCCAAGGUCAAAUGGUUCAUCAGUGUCGCCUUCUACGUACUGCAGGCAGCGCUGAUGGUCUCGCUCAUCUGGAAGUACUACUCGGUGCCUGUGGCUGUGGUGCCCAGCAGGUGGAUCACCCCGCUGGACCGCCUGGUCGCCUUUCCAACUCGAGUGGCAGGUGGCAUCGGAAUCACCUGCUGGAUUUUGGUGUGUAACAAGGUGGUGGCGAUCCUUCUCCACCCUUUCAGCUGAGGAUCGACGGACAGAAGCUUCCUCUGCAGACAGUGGAGUGCACAGCCCCCGGUUCUUGUUGGUUGCUUCGGGGUGUGGCACCCGGAUUCUAGUUCUUGCAGGAUCUCCUUCCUGUACUUGUCCUUGAGCCAGGAAGACUAGUUACUGUGUCACGUGGCACGGUUCUGGACCCGCAAGGACUGAGCCACCGAGUGGCGUGUGCACACUGGCGCCCACUCAGCGUUGUUCAGUGUCACAGCUGCAGAGUCACCCUUUCCCUACCACACCAAGCCCUGAACGUGGCCCUCAUGGGUGCUGUUGGUGUCGCCUGUUGGAAAUGGCAUGUGUUGGACCAGGCUCAGUGUGUAAGUGUGAAAAGCAGCCCUACAUGUCUAAGCCUGUUAGUUCCUGUAUGUGUUCUGUGACCACAGAAUACCGUUUUUAUUUAAAGGGUUUCCAAUGAAGUA